GGGGUCAAAUGGGUUAUCGUGACCUCUGCUCAGAACCUGCUGAGGCUGUCCGUCAAGUGUUUCUCCUGUUAAUAAGUGUUAUGCCUGUUGUUUAACCAUGGUUUAACCUAGAAUUUUGCUUACGAGGAAGUGUGAACGGGCGUGACGGAUAGUUUCACAUAAUUAUUAAGCUUAGUAUUUUCAUUUUUAUGAAUAAGGAGUACAUUUUUGAGACAGUAUGCAGCGGGUUUGUAGGUUUUCCCAAUUUACAUGUAUCAGCAACACAAGAAAUCUGUCCAUUUUUCCAUCGGAUUUCAACAGAUGGCAGACAUUUGCACGAUGUAAGUCACACCGGCUGUAUUGCGCCGCAUCAGCAUUGGAGACGGCAGAGGCCUAUCAGCCAGGUCAAAAGAUGCAUGGCUUCACCGUUAGAAAGGUUAUACCAGUGCCAGAGCUAUACCUAACGGCAGUCACAUUGAUGCAUGAUGUCACCGGGGCCAAGUACCUGCACGUGGCCAGGGAAGACAGCAAUAACGUCUUCAGUGUGGGAUUCCGGACCACACCGAUGGACAGCACAGGGGUUCCUCAUAUCCUGGAGCACACCACGCUGUGCGGAUCUCAGCGCUACCCCUGCCGAGAUCCCUUCUUCAAGAUGUUGAACCGAUCCCUGGCGACAUUCAUGAAUGCAUGGACUGCCAGUGACUACACCAUGUACCCAUUCUCAAGUCAGAACCCCAAAGACUUUAGUAACCUGCUGUCGGUCUAUCUAGAUGCGGCCUUCUUUCCAAGACUCAGGGAACUAGACUUCAGACAAGAAGGCUGGAGACUAGAGAAUGAAAACAACCAAGACCCAGACUCUCCCAUUAUCUUCAAAGGGGUGGUCUUCAAUGAAAUGAAAGGGGCAAUGACGAGCCCAGAACAGAUCUUUGCCCUCCACUGUCAGAACAACCUCCUCCCCGGCCACACCUACUCCCACAACAGCGGGGGAGACCCCCUGCACAUCCCACACCUCACCUGGCAACAGUUGAAGGACUUCCAUGCCACUCACUACCACCCUAGCAACUCGAGGUUUUUCACUUACGGCGACCUCCCAUUAGAGGGUCAUCUUGAGGCCAUUCAACAACAGGCAUUAGCAUCUUUCUCUCCUAUCACACCGAACACGGAGGUACCCAACGAGGCACGCUGGACGCAACCGAGGGAGAAACAUGUCCGCUGCGCCCCUGAUCCAAUGGCAGCUGACCCCGAAAAACAGACUACAGUCAGUGUUAGCUUCCUUCUGAACAGCUUGACAGACUCGUUUGAGGGAUUCACCAUGUCCAUCUUGUCGCAUCUGCUGGUGUCUGGACCCACGUCUCCUUUCUAUCAAGCACUGGUACAGGCCAAUAUUGGGUCUGACUACUCUCCCGUCCUGGGCUAUGAUGGAAGUACCAAAGAUGCCUCUUUCUCGGUCGGUCUUCAAGGAAUACGGCAGGAGGAUGUUGAGCCUGUUAAAAGCAUCAUUGAGGACACGUUCAAGAAAGUUGUAGAGAACGGAUUUGAGAAAGAGAGAAUCGAUGCAGUACUUCAUAAAAUUGAGAUUUCUCAAAAGCACCAGACUACCACAUUUGGCCUGCAACUUAUAGCUUCCCUCAUGCAGAGCUGGAAUCACGACACGGAACUGGCCGACGUGCUGCGCGUCAACAGGAACGUGGAUCGGUUCCAGGCGUGCCUGGCCGACAACCCCAGAUUCCUGCAAGACAAGACCGAGGAGUACUUCCUCAGAAACCCCCACCGCCUGACCCUGGUCAUGACCCCCAAGGAGGACUACAAGGACGAGCUGGACCAGGAGGAGAAGAGAAUCCUGGACAGCAUGGUGUCAGAGCUGAGCCAAGAGGACCGAAGGGGCAUUUAUGCCAAGGGUCUUGAAUUAGCAGAUGAGCAAGACAGGGAAGAAGAUGUCUCAGUUCUGCCCACACUAAAAGUGUCAGACAUUGAACCUGAGUUGAAGAGAGCAAAACUUGACUUCAAACAGUCCGAUGGAAUCCACGUACAGUGUUGCGAACAACCAACCAAUGGCAUAACCUACUUCCGAGCUGUGUCUACUCUGCGGUCGGUCCCAGACGACCUCCUACCGUACAUUCCGCUCUUCUGCGGCGUCAUAACAAGGAUGGGGGCAGCAGACAUGACGUUCCAUGAGUUUGCACAGCGUGAGGAGCUGAAGACAGGAGGCUUAGGUGUUGGACACCAUGCUUGUCAGGACCCCAACGAUGUGCUGUCUGUAGAGCAGGGAAUUACCCUGACCUCAUUCAGCUUGGAUAAAAACUUGGAAGACAUGUUUCAACUUUGGAGUGAUGUCUUUAAUAGCCCAAAUCUGAAGGAUAUGGACCGACUCACAACUUUAGUCCGUAUGAGGGCUUCGGAGCUGGCCAUGUCAAUACCAGACAUGGGGCAUGCCUACGCUAUGAAGCACGCCGGUAGUCUGCUGUCACCGGUUGGCAGAAUCAAGGAAAUAUGCGGUGGCAUGGCACAGGUGAGCUUCAUGAAGAGAAUUGCCGAGGCAUCUGAUCUGACGGAGACCAUGGAGAAAAUAAGACAGGUAUCCGGUCUGCUUCUAAACAAGGACAACUUGAGGUGUGCCUUAAAUUCUGGCCCAGAAUUCAUGGAUGAUGCGUUGAGGCACCUGCAGAGUUUCCUUGGCUGCUUGCCAGGAGCAGCACAGGAGACAAAGCGCCCUCUGUUGACAAAGAUUGAAGACUUCUGUUCAGUGAGUCAAAGGACUCACUUUGAGCUUCCAUUCCCUGUCAACUAUGCCAGCCGAGGAGUGCGGGCUGUGUCAUACACUCACGCAGACUUUGCCAAAUUGAGAAUAUUGGCCAGGCUCAUGUCCGCCAAAUUCCUUCACAGGGAAAUAAGGGAAAAAGGUGGUGCCUAUGGAAGUGGGGCCACAUUAGGAACUGAGGGAUCUUUCAAGUUCUACUCCUACAGAGACCCGAAUUCCCUUCAAACGCUUGAGGCUUUUGACAGAGCAGUGGAAUGGGCCAUUGAAGGAUCCUACAGUCAGCAAGACAUAGAUGAAGCCAAGCUUUCCGUGUUCUCGGCAGUGGAUGCCCCUAUCGCCCCAUCAGAUAAAGGAAUGACUCUGUUCACGUCUCACAUCUCAGACGACAUGAGGCAAGAGCAGAGGCAGAGGAUGUUUGCUGUCAGCCAAGAGGACCUUCAGGAGGUCGCUCAGAGGUAUCUUGCCUUGGGGGCGCAGGUGGAUUCCCUCACCCUCCUUGGACCACAGAAUACGGCCACUGCAUCUGACAAGUGGAAAGUCUUCCGAGAGAGUGAUUGAAAAUGUCCUUGUGUUUGAUCAGGUGCAAACUACAAGACAAGCUGCUUUGACAUGUGGGUCAGUCAGGGAAACAUCCAGUUGGUUGAGAUACGUUUGACAGACACAGUGCUAAGAAGGAUUAUUUGAUAUCAACUAAUGUUUCACCAGUGUUGAGGCGGAAAGGACCUGAACACCUGAAAUUGUGCAGAGUCAGUAGUAUCAAUUUCUUCUCUUAAGUAUAUGGCAGGCGCUACAUCACCGUAAUACGGGCGUUUAACAAUAGUGCGCCUCCAAGAGUUUGCAACACAUUGGCCAAUCUCAGUGCGCAAAAUUUGUCGACCCAA